UGAGUUAAGCCAAAACAAGGAUAUUCACAUCAUGGGUUCUCUAAUGGCUGGUUGGGGCUCUAAUGUUCAAGAUCCCGCGGCAGUAAAAUACCAAAGGAAUCAUUCACUGACAAGGGACGAAAUUGAUACUUACUGGAAGUCCAAGAAGCAAAAAGAGGAGGAACAUAAUGAAAUUGUUUCUGAGGAAACUGAUAGAGUUGAGAAAAUUUAUCAACUAUCAAGUUCAGUCCCACUCUCUGUCACCAAAGCAAGUGAUAAUAGAGAAGGUAGCUUAGAGAAACUAAUCCUCAAAACGGAGUGGUGGAUGAGAAGUAACUCAGCAUUCCUGAACGAGCCACCAGUACUAGCUCCACUGGCGGAAGGAGUGACACGUCAGCAUAAGAAGUUUGUUAGUGGAUGAUAUGGAUGCCUCCAAGUUCAACAUGCUUGCACCAGCAGUAGCAUCUCAUAAUCUAGUAAUGUUACACCGUUAGUGAAUAUAAAUAAGUUUAUAUAUGCAUUGGUGCACACAUAAACCUGUCUAGAGCUUAGUACUGGAGAGUUGUAAUAGUCGUAGUAUGCUAGUUGGAGUUUCUUGCAGUAAGCACGGCAUGUAGUUUGUUAAAAUUGUAUUGUGUGUGUUAAUGUAUAAAUGUAUUUUUACAAACUAAAUAAUAAUUUGUAUGAGUACAGGGUCUUUAACUCUUUAUUGCUGCAAAAUAAGGGAAUAUAUUGAACAGAAGUAGUAGUUCUCAAAAGUCCUUA